UAGUUUCAUUUGGGAAGUGGCGGUGUAAACGUCGCGAAGCGGACUGAUCCGAAUUCGAAAAAAAAACAAACGAAAUUUGUGGUGUGUACAUUGCUGUUAUUAUUGCAAAUAUUUCUACAAAUUGUGGCACAUCACGUUUCAUGAAUAAACAGCGUUGUAAAACAAAUCCCGCCCAACCACACCAACUGAACUGAUACGGCGUGUACAUCUUUACACAAGGGAAAAGCGUGAAGUGGAAUGCAACUCCCCAGCAUAGCAGUCAAAUGCAUUCAAUGAAUCCGUCAUAUUACACGCUGGCGCUAGCUAAGUCAAUCAAACAAAGAAAAACACUGAUGACACCUAUGACACUGACUAAGAGCAGCUGAAGUGUGAGGGCAGCAUUUCAACGAAAUUCUAGUGAGAAGAAACCAACGCCAAAAUCUCCAACCAGUGGAAGUCGCAAUCACAGUCGAAUACUUUUAUUACAAAUACAUAACAUUGCCACAGACGUAUCGAUUUGAGGUCGAUGUCCUUUAUUUAUGAAUGUGUGUAUGUACGUAUGAAACUGUCUUCUAUUACCACACAAACUCGCCAGAAAAAUGUACCGCGCAAACUUCUAUGAAUCCACAUGCCUGCGGUGCAACGAAAUCGUCUAUCAAGUGGAUCGAGUGGGACCUCUCAAAGACUUCACAUUCUUCCAUUCUGGCUGUUUUAAGUGUGUCCAUUGUGGCACAAAGUUAACACUUAAAACUUAUUUCAACAAUCAGCACAAGCAGGACGACAAGGAGGUUUACUGUAGUUCACAUGUACCAAAGAGUGGUCCUGGUCAUUUAGAUCAAACGUCGGUGGGCAUAAGGCAGGCUUUGAAUGCGCCCCGCACCAACAAAUACGUCAAUGACCAAAUCCGCGGAACACGCGCCGAAGUUGACGGUGGACUGAGUUCACGUCAAUCGACGCCAAAUGGUUACGGCAGCCGUGAUGUCAGUUCCCCGUCACAAAAUGAUUCCGAUUAUAAAUACGGCCGAUUCGACGCCAGCGCAUUGCACAUUGCUCAUGCGCUUAAGCAAACGGAAAUACAGAAAGCCUACAACAAGAUGAGAGAAAAACCGAUAGAUUUCUAUCUAGCUCGGGAGGAGCAAGCACACCUUGAGAUGAAACAUCGUAAAGAGGAAGAUGAUUUGUAUCGCAAAUUUGCCCGCAAACGAGAGGAAGAAGAUCGCAAAAUACAAUCUGAAUUCCAAGACGAAUGGGAACGCGAACUGCAACGCCUCACACACAAAUUCGAAAAAGAGAUAGCAACUUCUCGGCGCAAUCGAGACGACCACAAUAUGCUCACGCUGCGGCAUGAGCAGCAGAAGGAAGAUCUGGAAAAGAACAUGACACUGCGGCGCAGCAAAAAAAAGGAAAGCAUCACACGUAAAAUGCUAGAGCAUGAGCGAUACGAAACAGCCGCUUUAGUAGAUCGCCAGUCGAGUGAAAUGUUGGAAUUGAUUAGUGCGCGCCGCUCGGAAUACAUGCAAAACGAGAGUAUCUUUUUAGAUGAUGAUUUCGAUGAAGGAGCGGUUCCACUAGAAUAUCCCAUGAUAGCUCCAAUACCAGCUCCUCCAGCCGUUAGCAAAUUCCAAAUAUACACUGAUCCUAUUGAAUUCGAAGAUGUCGAUCGUAUUGCAAUAUCGGUGGCUCAAGAGGAUCAGAAGACCUUCACGGACUUAGUGCGGCAGUUGGUCGGUCGUUGUACCACAGAUAUAGAAAAGGCUCGAACGAUCUUCCGUUGGAUAACUGUUAAAAAUUUAAAUGCAAUGCACUUCGAUGAUGACUUGCGGGGUGACACACCAAUGGGUUUACUGCGGGGCAUCAAAUACGGUACAGAGAGCUACCAUGUACUAUUCAAGCGACUUUGCAGCUAUGCCGGCCUUCACUGUGUAGUAAUUAAAGGUUAUUCAAAGAGUGCUGGUUACCAGCCAGGAGUCAAAUUCCAAGACUCUCGGUUCCGCAACUCUUGGAAUGCAGUGUAUGUUGCGGGAGCCUGGCGUUUUGUACAAUGCAAUUGGGGCGCGCGCCAUUUGGUCAAUGCAAAGGAAGCACCAAAAACCGGACGCGGCAAAAAUGACAGUUUAAGAUAUGAAUAUGACGAUCACUAUUUCCUUACUGAUCCUCGGGAGUUCAUUUAUGAAUUUUACCCUUUACAAGAGGAGUGGCAACUGCUUAAAAGACCUAUAACUCUACGGGAAUUCGAAAAUUUACCUUUUGUGCGAUCGCUUUUCUUCCGUUAUGGGCUACAUUUCGCAGAUGAAGGUUAUGGCGCGGUAGUAUUCACAGAUGACACUGGUGCUGCCACUGUUCGUAUUGCCAUGCCAACAGACAUGCAAAGUUGCCUGAUUUUCCACUAUAAUCUUAAAUUUUACGAUAGCGACGAAGACUCUUACGACAGCGUCUCUCUGAAGCGUUUCGUUAUGCAAUCAGUUAUUGGAAACAUUGUAGCUUUUCGUGUACAUGCUCCGUGCUCUGGAGCCUUUCUUCUGGACAUAUUUGCCAAUGCAGUAACCCCACAGGAAUACCUUACUGGCGAGCCAAUGAAGUUUAAGUCCGUCUGCAAAUUUAAGAUAUGUUGCGAAGAGCUACAAACAGUUAUGGUACCGUUGCCGGAUUGCGCAAGCGGUGAAUGGGGUCCUACAAAAGCGACUAGACUUUUCGGAUUAAUACCCAUAACGCACCAGGAUCCACUUAUAUUUGCUGGACGAAGUUUAGACCUUCAAUUUCGCAUGUCAAAACUUUUGACAGACUUUAUGGCCACGCUGCACAAGAACGGUGUUGAAGAAAAGAAACUUUCCAAAUAUGUGACGCAUAACACGUUAGACGACAUUGUGACAUUCAUAAUAAAUUUUCCCGAGGAGGGUCAAUACGGUUUAGACAUAUAUACUCGUGAAGCUGGAACCAUAGCUUCGCACCAUAGUCACUCUGCGUCAACGGGUGAGAAACAUCUGCUCACCCACUGCUGUAAAUACUUAAUCAAUUCAUCGAAGCGGAAUUAAAUAGGCAGAAAUGUAUAAGAGAUACGACUGUAUGCAAUUGUUACAAUAUUUUUAGUGAAAUGCAAUAAUUACCAAUUAGUUGUAAAAGUUUUUUAUGAAUAAUACCGAUUAUGUUUAAAAAGUAA